CAACGGUCGCUAAGAGACAGCUCAAAGCUUGCAAGCUUCGUGAAUUGUGCUGUUUAGACGGAGGAGGACCCAGCCUCAAGAAUCUCAGACAGAUACGAUGGGGAGAAACAAGAAGAAGAACCGCUAUUCUAUUCCGACGACACCCUCGCCAGAUAAUACAGAGCUAAAGACUAUAGUGUCGCCAGAGGAGAGAACUAAAGCCUUAGCUUCGUCCUUCGACGCUGAGGUGCGCCCUCUGAUAGACCUGGUGGACAGACUCCGAGGGUAUGGUCUGGACAGUGACAUCAACCUCCCUGCCGUCGCCGUCAUCGGGGACCAGAGUGCCGGCAAGAGCUCUGUUCUUGAAGCAAUCUCUGGCGUUCAACUGCCAAGAGGAACGGGUAUAGUAACAAGGUGCCCGUUGGAGAUGCGGAUGAAGCAUUCAGAGGAUGGGGACAUGUGGGAGGGAAAGAUAAUGUACAAGGACAUGCAUGACAUGGCCCAUGAGGAAAUCAUUCUGAACAGAGAGAGCGUCGGAGAACUCGUGCGGAAAGCUCAGAUAGAAAUGACAGAUAGUGCGAAGGGCAUCAGUGAUGAACUCAUUACUCUGGAAGUGACGUCAUCAGAUGUCCCUGACCUUACCGUCAUAGACCUGCCAGGUAUUGCUAGGAACGCCGUCGAGGGUCAGCCGUUUGAUAUUGAAGCGAGGAUUAAAAAUAUGAUCCGUAGAUACAUUGGACGCCAGGAGACUAUCAUCCUUGCUGUUCUACAGUGUAAUGUGGAUAUAGCCACAUGUGAGGCACUCAAAAUGGCAAAGGAGUUUGAUACCGAAGGUGGCAGAACUCUUGGAGUUCUAACAAAGCCGGACUUGCUGGACAAGGGAGCCGAGUCGGGCGUGGUGAGGAUCCUCAACAACAAGGAGUUCACGCUGUCCAAGGGCUACAUUAUUGUCAAGUGUCGAGGCCAGGAGGCUAUAUCGGACGGCCAAUCCUUGAAACAGGCGCUAGAAGUAGAAGAAGAUUUCUUUAAAAGUCACAGACAUUUUAGCUCCUUGCGACCAUCUCAGUGGGGAAUCCCCAACUUAUCAAUGAGAUUGUCACGUGAGCUGAAGAAACACAUCAAGAAACUGUUACCGGUACUGAAGGAGGAUGUGCGCGACAAACUUCUUGAGACGGAGCGUGACUUACAUGAACUUGGUGGGGAUCCGCCAGAAACAGCCUCAGAGAAGCGGCAGAUGGCUCUCCAGAUGGUCACCGAGUUUAUCAAAAUUACCACCGCUUUGACCACUGGACAACACUGGGAUGACCCGAAGUUUCCACCAAAGAUUAACAGCCUCUACAGCAGUGCCCGCCGGUCUUUCGUAGAGUUGUCUAAAAUCGCUGCUCAGAAACAACCAGAUAUCAAGAAACCGAAGGUGAAGAACGAUCUACAAGAGAGGAUGGAAUGUUCUCGAGGUCGAGAGUUCUGUAAUUUUCUAGGCAAAUUUGAACUUGUGGAAAGUUAUGCCCGGGAAUACAUCUCAAAACUGGAAGUACCUGCACUUCGCUGUUUCGACGACGUACAUCGCAAUACAAUAGGCAUCCUAAAUAUACUAGCAGAAAAGUGUUUCGAGAAAUUCCCUGAUUUUGCACAGAGAGCAAAGGAGGUUAUCAUGAGGACAAAGAAAGACACUCAUGGUGACUGCAAAGAGGAAAUACAGAAGUAUUUCACGAUGGAGAAUCUGGUGUACUCCCAGGAUAAUACGUAUAGGAGCGAGUUACGAACAGAAGAGAAAAAGAAACGAAAGGAAGAAAAAGAAGAGGAAGAGAGGAGAGGAAUGACACUGCCAAGUUCAGUAGGCAUAACGGAAGAAGAUGUGAACGGUGUCGGCAAGGCAUUGUUGAGUCUAAGAUCUUAUUGCCAGAUUGCUGCACGGCGUCUCUGUGAUGUCAUCCCCAUGAUCAUUCAACAGCACAUGUUCCGGGAACAGGUUGAGGAUAUGCGUAUCCUGCUGAUGGACAUUGCUUCUGACGAAAGAACCAUGGUUCACAUCCAGGAAGAUCCAGACAUGGCCUACACGAGGAGAGAAUGCAAGUCUCGUCUCGAGAGACUCCAGCUGGCGGAGGAAGAACUUGACAAAAUCUAGCAUUUCUAAAUGUCAAUCUUUGCUGUGUCGCUUUGUUUCUGUCAACAGUCAUCAUUGUCCAGAACAUCUUUUUUUGUAAUUCCUUAGUUGGGGAUGGGAUUUAGUACUUUUCUUUGAAAAAAUGGAAACAUAUUUAUUUUCCUCAGAAGUUGAAACCAGAAAGUUAGUCGCUAUCCUGAUAUAGGUGUGUUUUGAAAAAUUUCUAAGUUACUCGGCAGCUCCUACAAGAGGAAGGAAGGGCUUCUUUUAAAACAUUACCGAAAACAAAUCCUGGCUUUACCCGAAGAAAAACAAGCCCACCCCCUGAAUAUUAAUAUGGUGGGUCCCAUAAAACCGUCCAGUGGAUAGAGCGUCUGCCCAGAGAGCGGAUGGUCGGGGGUUCGAUACCAGGUCGCGUCAAUACCAAAUGACGUUAAAAGAUGAUAUUUGUUGUUGCCCUGCCUGGCGCUCGACAUUAAGGGGCUUAAACAAGGACUGGUCGGCUCGGAGCCAGUAUACUGUGGAUGAGUGGGGUAUUCAUGUUACACUGAGGCAAUAUGUCUCAGUGCUUGGGUUAGCACACGCACGGCCAACACUUGCAUUGUAUGCCUCCUGCAACAGACAAAGACGUAAUACACAUUCCAUGUCGCGUAAUGCUUGCUCAUGUAACCACGACCAAUACCAUUUUUGUUUGUUUGAUAUAAUUGUACAUGUACUGUAACUGAUUGUAAAUUUGUUUCUGCGUUUUUAAGUGUUGAAUUGAUGCAUUAUCACGACUGCACGAUUGUGUAUGUGGCUGUGGCAUACUGAAGGAGGGCAUUUUAACCUUGACAAGAUCAUGUUGAUCCCAUUUUCAAAGAAAAUAUGUGCAAUGCAUCUGAUAUAUCCGGAUUAUUGGACAAUUUAUUUGUAAUAGUACUAUGUAGUACACAAUGCGAAGGAAAGUUUGUGUGUUCCGCGUCUUCAUAUGGUAGCAAUACUGCUAAAGGGGUGAGAGAAUCAGCCCAUAUCUGUCGUUGUGAAUGCCCAAUGUUAAUGUUUCUAGGUUGCACGAUCAGACAACACAUUCGGGCACUGUUAUGAUGACUUACCCUGACCAGCAAGGUAUUACUAGAAAUGCCGUUCACGGUCAGCAGUUUAAUAUUGAAAUGAAAGUAGUUGUGUUUUAACGUUAUGGCAGUAUUUAUGAAUUAAAGGUUAAAAUUGUGA